AUGGUUGCCCGACCCUUGUCGCAUCUCCUCCGCUCGCGCUGCCUGCUGCGCACGCCUCAGAACGUCCAGGCCUUUUCGACUCGAAGCAAUCUCCGCGCUGCUGACCAUGGCAACCACUACGACCCCCCGACUGGCUGGCUGUUCGGCGUCAAGCCCGGCCAGAAGUACGUGAAGGAAGGCUGGGAGGGCAUCUGGUACUACGGCUUCAUUGGAAGUCUGCUGGUUGCUGGUGUCGCAUAUGUUUUCAAGCCUGAUACCUCUAUACAAACCUGGGCUCUUGAGGAGGCUCGUCGGAGAUUGGAAGCCGAGGGCAUCCUGGAGGACCCUGACAAGGUCAAGAAGUAG